AAAUAGAAAAUGGUGAAACGUCAAGCAAGACUUUAAAAUUUAAAUCUAUAUAUAAUUUUUAUUAAUCAUCUUAAUUUAUAAAUGACAACAACAAAUGAUAUCCGUUUGAGUAAAACAUUGUCCUGGUUACUUCGACAUGGAGCUGUAAAAGAAGGUCUUAAUAUAAAAUCAGAUGGUUUUAUUUCUGUUGUGCAAUUGCUUGAGCACAAAAAUUUAAAUGGGAAAUAUAAUUUAGUUGAUAUUGAAAGAGUGGUAGAGACUGAUUCUAAAAAAAGGUUUAGUUUAAGAAAUAAUAAAGGUGUUUUAGAAAUUUGUGCAAAUCAAGGACAUUCAAUAAAUAUUGUAGAUGAUUUGAAUUUAUCAAUUAUCGAUUACAAAGAAGACGUUAAUAUAAUCCAUGGUACUUACUACAGAUAUUGGAAAUUUAUCAAAAAACAAGGUUUAAAUCGAAUGAAAAGAAAUCAUAUACAUUUCGCGUUAGGUUUACCAUAUGACGUAACAGUUACCAGUGGUAUAAGAAAAGAUACGGAAAUUUUUAUUUAUAUUAACUUGAGGCUCGCUAUAUCAGAUAAUUUGAAAUUCUAUAGAUCCGCCAACAAUGUUAUUUUGAGCCCUGGAGAUAAAAAUGGUGUAAUUUUACCAAAAUAUUUCCAAAAAGUCGUCGAUAAACACUCAAGAUUAUUGCUAUAAAAGCAUUAAAUCUAAU